AUGAGAUCGCUCGUAUGUGGCGUGGUGUAGAGUAUGGGCGGGACUUGAAACUGUGACUGACGUUAUGUUAUGUGCUAAAGAUAUUUAAUAAGUUCAGUGAACUGUUUUAAUAUGUGUUAAACGUUUGAUGGGAUAGGAUUACACCAAUUAGUUCACUGUACCCGCAAUGUUCAAAUACAAGAUUCACGUUUAAUAAUAAUAGCUCAAUUUAGUAAUUACAAGAGAAAAUCCAAUAUUAGUGUGUGAGGUUUGAAAAUGAAGGAGGUAGUGUGGAGGCGGCGUUGGAAGCGUCAAGAGGCGUCUACGUCUACCUACUUGACGACUGUGACACAGAUGUCCCAAUAACAUAAUGGCUUCACAAUUGACUGCGGUGUUAGUCUGGCUCAUCGGCAGUGUGCUCGGCCUUCGAGACAUUCAGUUGAGCGUUCCAGAGGCAGUCGGUGUGGGAUCCAGCGCAACAUUGGGGUGUCGCUGGGCCCUCGACACCGGAGAAGCUUUAUACACUGUCAAAUGGUAUCAUGGGGCUCAGGAGUUCUUCAGAUUUGUGCCCAAAGAAAUGCCUAACACCAGGGUCUUCUCGCAGACAGGAAUAAGUGUUGAUAUAUCUCGAUCUGGAGCCCAACAAGUCGUGUUACGUGAUGCUACAAAAGGUCUCAGCGGCCGGUACAGAUGCGAAGUAUCAGCGGACGCGCCAUUCUUUCACACGACUUACAAGAGUGCUACUAUGCGAGUCAUUGAACUGCCGGAUUCGCAGCCAAUAGUCCGAGCACAAAAGAGCUGGUAUUCAGUGGGGGAUAUGUUACGUGCAAACUGUACUUCGUCGCCCGCCGACCCGCCUGCUAAUCUUACGUGGCUUUUGAAUGGCUAUGAGGUUAAGGGCCUCGAUAUACCUGUGCCGGAGGUGUCUUACAAUAGAAAACAAUCGUUCAUUAGCGACGCUUCUCUAGAAGACGCAAACAGAAUCAUAUUCACUCCAUGGGAAACUCCUCCGGGGUAUGAAGAAGUCCAACCUGAAGAUGUUACCCCAAGGGAUACGUUUGAAGAAAACAUUGAAAGUACAACGCACUUUUCUAGAUAUGAUUUAAGUAAAAAUAUAAGUAAUGAAGAAGAAAGAUCAAAUAAGACAUCGUCGUUUAGUCAACUUAUUAUGAGAGUUCAACCCACGCAUUUUCAAAAGGGGCGUUUAAAUGUAACAUGUGUUGCUCGAGUACUGACAGUAUGGGCUGGUAGUGGAGUGAUUCUACUAGACGAGGAGCGGCCCCAGAUCGCACCCGUCAUGGGAAGCCGGGAUUCUAAUAACGGUGUACCUGCGUUGCAGCACUUGAACAUUUUAUCAUGGUUGUGUUUUUGUGUAACAUUGAAUUGGAUCGUACGAUGAUCAGGGGUCCUAGCAGAGAGAGGGAAUAACUUAAUGUCGAUCUGUGUUAGGCUAAAUAAUUAAACGUUGUAGUCUAGUAUUUAUGAAGUAAUGUAACUGAAGUUAUAAUAAUGUUUUUGUAAAAAUAUUUUAAAACUGUCGUCUUUAAUGCCUUGUCUAUAUGUAUUAUAAUAGAUUGUACACAAAUUAUUAGUAUUACAGAGUCAAUUAAAUUGUGACUCAUUAAAUAACAUUAUUCGUUUAAGACAUUUAUUGUACUUGUAAAUAGGAACAUAAAAGUAAAUUAGAGUUUUUAGUACAUAAAUCAUAUUAUAGUAAUGUUUGCUUCGUAUGU